AGGCGCGGAGGACGACCUGCAUGUGGACGUGAGCCCUUCCUCCCGGCCCACGCGGCGCGAGCGGCGGACGUUCGCGUCAGGCUCGCAGUCGCCGCGCGGCGCCGCCUCGCCCUGGGCGGGGGAGGCCGCGGCGCUGCCGCUCGUGCCGGAGGUGGUGAGCAGGGGCACGUCUCCGAUUGUGCUCAGCAGGGGCACGUCGCCGGAGUCCAGCGGGGGCGGCGAGCUGUCGGGCGAGGAGCCGGCGACGCUGCGGGUGGACCCCCAGCCUGCAGGCAGCACAGCCUCCAGCCUGCAGGCGCCCAGGCAGGCGCACGGCCUUGUGCCGACGCCUCGCGGGUCGCGGGCCGCCUCGCGGACGCCUCGCGCCUCGAAGACGGUGCCCCUCGAGCUCGAGGAGGACGGCAGCGCGGCCCUGCAGGGCUUCGUGGUGUCGCGGGCGGUGGAGGAGAGGCGCUUGCCCAGGAUGACCCGGCAGAACGGGGAUUUCCCCCCGAGCGGCCCGCCGCAGGACGACGAGCCGCCGACCCCGAGCGUCGGGGUCUCGGCCCCAACCGAGCCGCCGCCCCCGGGCCCGGCGGAGCCUCCCCCGCGGACCUCGUCGCCCGCUGCUCUCCCGGCAGGGCUCGCGGCGUUGGGCGCGCCCGAGCCGCCGCCGAGCCCGCGCCUGGAGCCGCACCUCGCUGAGGCGUCACCAGCCCCGCGUUCGCCGUCGGCGCAGCAGCGGGAGUCCAGCGAGCAGGGCACGGAGGGCUCGAGUGCGGAGGAGGGCGGAGAAGAAGAAGAAGAAGAAGAAGAAGCGAGCGCGGCCGUGGACGCUUGGGAAGAAGAGGGCUCGUGGCCAGGGGCGGCCGAAGCGGCGGUCCACGACGGCGAGCCAGAGCCCACCCGGGAGCAGUUGGAGGAAGAGCUGGAAGACGUGAGGGACAAUUUGAGGGAAGCGGCCUCGGGGGAGAUAAUAUAGGGUACAGUCGAACCGAG